AUGAUCGUAAACAAUUUGGUUCAACGAUUGCCAAUAGUUUUGGCCAAACGUGAUGGGUCUAUCGAACGAAUUCAAGAGCAUGAAAAGUGUCAUUCUCAACCAACAAUAUUAAUAAAACAUCGAGAUACGGAAAAUAGAUCUUUGUCACCUACUCAGAAGUGUAUUCCUCAAACUAUUAUUAAAAAGGAAGAACCUUAUCAGCCAUGCUUACAAAAAUCAGGAAAUGAAGAACAAGUACAACCUCUGACGGAAAUGAAAACUCCAAUUAAAGUGAUUGAUGAUUAUAUGCAAUUUAUCAGUGAAGGUUUAAGCAAUUGUUUACUGGAUCAGACGGAUUUCUUAGUUAUUGGCUGUCUGGGCUUACAAGGUGUUGGAAAAUCUACACUUAUGUCUGAUAUUGCAAACAAGCCAAAUUUGUUUGCUAGUUCUACAUCUGAAUAUUUAGAAACUACACAAAAUUGUACUGCUGGUAUUGAUGCAUAUAUAACUAAAAAUAGAAUUAUUUUACUGGAUUGUCAGCCAAUAUUAUCAUCAUCCAUAGCCUAUUCAGCUAGUCACAAGCGAAUGGGUCAAUCUAUAGAUCCAUCAGGUUUACUAGUUGAUAAUGAAAUGAUUUCCUUGCAGUUAGCUGCAUUUUUAUUAUCAGUGUGUCAUAUAGUGUUAUUGGUGCAAGAUUGGUUUUUCGAUCCCAAUAUAUUUAAAAUAUUGCAAACAGCAGAAAUGUUAAAACCAGCAAUGCCUACUUCCCAUCGCAAUGAGGAAUUAGUAGAAUAUUUUCCUCACAUUGUAUUUGUGCAAAACAAAUCAUUUUACUCCGAUUUCAGUAUUGAACAUAUUAAAACAGUGCAACAUGUUUAUACACAAUUAUUUGCACGAUCUCGCCUUCAUAUCCAAAGUGGAGUCAGUAUUGCAAAUGGCAAUGUUAUAAGUGAAUUAAAUCCAUUAAACUGUGGUGAACCAAUUAAUUUAUUUGUCUUGGCUAACAGUGAAAAGGAUAAUAAUUCUGAAAAAAAUGGUUUUCACAAAAUGCAUCCAGGUCAAUCAAUUUUAAUGCAAGAAUUCAGAAAACAACUACUAAGCUUACCGAUAUCACCUCUCUCACAUACCCAAUUAACUGAAAAAACUUGGUUUCACUACUGUGCCAAAGUAUGGGAUCUGAUAAAAAAAAGUCAAUUCUUUAAUGAGUAUAAUAGACUUCAAACAUAAUUUUUCAAUCAAUUUAAUAUUUUAA